GAGGUUGCAAUAAGGAGGCGGGCAGAGCCGGAGUGGGCCAAUCGGUGCCCGCCGUCCCAGGGAAUUCAAAAGGCCGCGAAGGAAAGAAGUUGCCCGCUGCGGUCCUGAGGCGAAAGAGCGGCGCCCGUUGUGUCGGCAGUCUUGGCGAGCUGCGGAGGCGUGUUUCUCCCUCAUUUCGGCGGCUCCUGCGAAUGACCGGAGGUAUUCAGGAAAGGCUUAGAGUGCCUCUUGUCUUGAGGGAGGAGGCGAGGCUGUUCGGGCUCCCGAAAACGGAUUUCCUGCAGUUCUUGUUCAAGCAGCCCUCUUGUCUUUUGAAGGAAAAUAAUAAGAUAAUAAGAAAUAAGCUGUUAGCUUUUCUUCAGUAUGGAUGUAACAGGAACAUUCUUCAACAAACUGCGAACUUUGGCAGUCACUUUGGAGAAGCAGGCUGAGCAAUUUAAGCAAAUUUUACUAGAAGAUGAAGAAUUUGAAGAUGAUUCUCCAAUGCGAUAUCUACAUGAACUGUACUCUGAAGCCAGAACACUAAAGGCUGAUGCUGAUAAUAUUCUACAUACAAGUUCUUCAGAAAGAGAGGCUACAUACGACUUCAUAAAGGCCAGCAAAGUUCUGAUGAUGAGAAAUGCAACCAAUCUUGAAAAAAUAAAAGAUCUCUUUCAGAAAUACGGUUACAAGCCACUUAUUGGCAAGAAUGAAGCCAUAAAGGUUGAUGAUGAAAUCAACGCUGGAUCAGCAUUAUCUGAUCAAAUAGAACCAAAACCUCUUGAUUUUCCUCAAAAAUCAUCUGGAUCUCAUAGUUUUCUGGAAACUCCUCAACUUUCAGAUUUUGGGCUUUCAAAAUAUGCCCUUCCAAGUUCUUCAGACACAGUACACAUUCCACAUAGCCAGAACGAAGAGGUGAAAGCGGAUAAAUCUGAAUAUUUGUCACCCAAAGUAGAAUAUUUCAAUAUCCACGGGCGUGAUCUGUCUGUAAAUGAUGAAACCACAAAUUUAAUGGACGACCAAACAAUCUUUUGGCUUAAUAAAUCAAGAAAAAAUAGAUCAGCAGGGGCAAUGGUGUCAAAUCAGAAUCUGGCAGCACUCAGGCAAUCAAAUGAAGCAAGUGAUCAUGAUUGUUUCGCUUCACCUGCUGCACCUGAGUUCCGCACACCUGGGAUGAAAAUUCCCCACAGAAAGACCACUGUUUUAUCAGAGUCACCAGAAAGUAAUCAUUUGGAUAUUCCUAAACACACAACAGAAAUACUUGAUACAAAAUCUCAGCAAAUACAACCUAUGCAUGCAAGUGCCAUUAAGAUACUGCCAGAGAAUCCUAUAAAACACAGUGUUCAACCUGUCCUGGAUUCAGACAAACGUCUGGAAUGUACUGAAGAACCUUCUCCUCCAGCAACGUCAGUAUAUGAGGACCUCUUCAGUUCACCAUUACCACCGCCUGAAAUAACUGUGAUUCCAAAGAAUCUUUUGCAGAUUUUAUCCCGGUACAAUCCAAAUACAGAAGUACCCAGGUCAGCUGUGAAAGGAACUAAAGAAGAAAAUGCUUCACAAUUUGAAGAAAAGCGAUUUUUUACUGAUAACAAAGAAAACAGAAAAUACCCUGGAUGAAAUGAAGAUUAAAUCUGAUUUUUUUUCUUUGACUACCAGUCUAAAGGUUCUUUACUUUGUGAAGUAUAACUUGUUUAAUUUUAAACUAUUCUGUACUCUCCUGUAAAAAUUAUCAAAAUAAAAUAAGGAACAUAAAUAUAAGUAAAUAUCA